AGUGUUUGUUUGGGGUAGCAUUAGGAUACACAUCUUGCCUUCACUCUUAGAAAAAUCACACUGCCCAUGAGGCUUGAACAGAAAUGUGGUCGACCACUUUUGUUUAUCAGUGAUGCCUGCACGAUGACAGACAGUCUAGGCAGCAGGAGUGAUAACUCUGGACAAUCGAUCGUGCUGUCAGGCUCCAGAGCACGCAUGGAUGUCGUUUGCGUGCUGGACCUGUGCCACUCGGAGAGACUGCAGCAGCGCAAAAAGGCCUGGGAUGCUGUCAGAAGCAGCUGUCUCUCCGUCAAUGCCAAUUGCUACCACAUCCAGUUUGAAAAGCUUGACUUUGGCGAGACCAAUGUCUUGGACCAAUUUUACAAUGCCGACGUUGCCAUCGUGGACCUAUCGAUUGUCAUGCAGCAGCGGACUCUCUUCUACCAUCUUGGGGUCCGUGAGAGCUUUGACAUGAAGGAGAACAUACUUCUGUACAAUGAUUACGACUCAACAGUUACCAUGCCUCUGAAGCUGUCAUGUGGCAGUUACACCUUCAUAUCCUACCGGACCCUAGAUGGGGGACAGUGUGUGAUGACAGAACCAAGCAUGAGAAUAGGCACAGAAGACAACUCGACCACUGACUGUAAAAUUCUACUUUCCAAUAAACUUCGCAAACAGCUACAAGAUGUUGAGAUUCAGACAAAGGCCCACAUGAAAGAGAAGUUUUUGGCAGACUUGCGCAAAAUGAGGGAAGUUUUCUCAGGGGAAGAACUAAAGAAGCAGUUACAUAAUCUAAGGAAACGACUGGAUGACCCCAAUAUCCUCUCAGGUGAUGUUGUGCUCAACAUGCUGCUGUCACUGCGGGAGAUUCAGGACUAUGAUGCAAUGGUGCAGCUUGUAGAUGAUCUCAAGACCAUCCCUAACAGAAAAUUGUACACCAGUACUCCAGCAAUUAGGUUCCUCUAUGGCUUUGCACUUAAUAGACGAAACAUGGAGGGUGACAGGGAGAAGGCAUUAGCAGUUAUCACAAAAGCUUUAGAGAAGAAAGAAAAUCAAGUUCCGGACAUGGUGUGUUUGUGUGGCCGUAUUUACAAGGAUAAAUUUGUAGAAUCCCAACAUACAGACCAGGAAAGUUUGCACAAUGCCAUUUAUUGGUACAGAAAAGGCUUUGAGGAACAGCCAAAUGAAUACGCGGGAAUCAAUUUGGCAACGCUUCUUGUCAUCGAUGGCAAUGACUUCUCAAAAUCAGCUGAGCUGCAGCAUAUUGGAAUGGUCCUCAACAAUCUCAUUGGCAAGAAGGGCUCACUGUCAUCUUUACAAGAUUACUGGGAUGUGGCAACCUUUUUCGAGAUCAGUGUGCUGGCAGAAGACUAUGGCAAAGCGAUCCAGGCAGCAGAGUGCAUGUUUAAGCUUAAACCUCCCAAUUGGUACUUAAAGUCCACCAUUGGCAACAUCAUGCUCAUCAAUAGGUUUAGGAAGCGAUCAGAAGACAACGAGCCAACUCCAGAAGAGAAUAUCUUCAAUUUCUGGAUUGACUACUUCGUGGAGGGCACCAAGACAGAGUUGGGGGAUGUCAUCCGCUUUCCAAUUCUGAUAUUGGAACCAACGGGGAUGUACCAGCCAAGCUAUUAUUUACCCAGCUAUGUGACUGCCAACCUUGGAGCUGAAGAGAAAAGCAUCCAGCUCUCAAAUCUCUGUAUUGACAGAAUGAAGGGAAUAUGUAGACGUGUUCAUGAGUGGCUCUUCACUGCCAGCAGCAUCAAGUCAAUAACGUUGUACAAACGGGAUGAGCGUGCAGUGUUCCUAUAUGUGCAAGAAAACUCGGAUGACUUCCAGAUGUUCUUCCCAUCAGAGCAGUGUAGACAGAUCUUCUUCCGAUUGGUGUUGGAGCUGACAGCCAACCAGAAGGGGACUGUCAUGGACCUGGAAGCAGAAUUCUCCUCUGGACCCAUUCAGUAUGAAUAUGAAUUAGAAGACAGUGGAAAGCGCCUAAUACUAGGAAAAGGUACAUAUGGUGUAGUGUAUGCAGCAAGAGAUCUGAACACACAAGUCAGAAUUGCUGUGAAGGAAGUCCCAGAGAAAAAUAUAGGGGAAGUCCAGCCUCUGCAUGAAGAAAUCAAACUCCACUCGGAGCUCCGCCACCGUAACAUUGUACAGUACCUAGGGACAGUGUCAGAGGAUGGUUUCUUCAAGAUCUUCAUGGAGCAGGUUCCAGGAGGGUCUCUCUCUGCUUUGCUUAGGUCAAAGUGGGGGCCCCUCAAGGAAAAUGAGGCAACUAUUGCCUACUACACAAAGCAGAUCUUGGAAGGAUUGAAGUAUCUGCAUGAUCAGAAAAUAGUUCAUAGGGAUAUUAAAGGUGAUAAUGUUCUAGUCAAUACUUACACGGGAGUUGUCAAGAUCUCAGACUUUGGUACCUCAAAACGUCUAGCUGGAGUGUGCUUGAGCACAGAGACCUUCACUGGCACCUUACAGUACAUGGCUCCUGAAGUCAUUGACAAGGGAGCCAGAGGAUAUGGAGCUCCAGCUGACAUCUGGUCACUCGGCUGCACAAUUGUGGAAAUGGCAACAGGGAAACCUCCUUUCAUAGAGCUUGGCUCUCCUGAGGCAGCCAUGUUUAAGGUUGGCUUAUACAAGAUGCACCCAGACAUCCCUGAACAACUGAGUGAAAAGGCGCGCAGCUUCAUCCUUCGCUGCUUUGAGCCUGACCCCAAUAAGAGGGCAACUGCUGCCCAGCUGCUAGAAGACCCGUUCCUGACUGAGUACGACACAUUGGGAAGGAAGAAGAAGGGCAUGCGCCUGACAAACCAGCAGGAAUUCUCUCGCAGUGUGUCUGUCCCGGCUGACCGCAGCAUCCGUCAGCAUGGCGAUAAGUGCCGUUUAGCCAGCUCUCCCGACGAUGGCCUAGAGUUCGGGUAUGGGUAUGGUUCCCGUUGCAACACAGCUGGCAGCCCCAGUGUCUCCCCAGCCUCCCCCUCCUCCUACCUCUCAUCUCUCUCAUACACCAGCUCAGUUAUGACUGGUUCUGAUCUCGAUGAUGCUCUCAUGACCCGACGUUCCUCAAGCAGUGGUCUUCUCUCGCCUGAUGUGGAGUCACCAAGGACAGAUGGGGAGCAGGAUGGAUUCUACCUUUUGAAAAAAGAUUCUCAGCGACGGACAACUCUCACCAAAGUGUUGGUUCAUGAUCAACAAAAGAUUGUUCAAAUUUGGUUCCAGCGUCUGCAGCAGGAACUGGGCAGUGCCAAGUUAUUACUCACUCAGGACCAGUUAGUGGUUAUAAUGGUUGGUCUGCGUGAAUACAUCCCGGAGCAGAAGAAAUUAGCCAUAGAGCAAGCCUUUGCAUCCCUCAAGAAUGAGACUGAAUUUGAGGAGACUGUGAAUCAGAUACAUUUGGCGCUUUACACUUUCCAAGAUGCUGUGAAUGAUGUUUUAAAGAGUCACAGCAUAAAACCUCACUGGAUGUUUGCCCUUGACAACCUGGUGAGGAGCUCUGUACACUGUGCCAUCACUGUUCUCUCUCCAGACCAUGAGAGCCUACUAGGUUCCCCAGAUGAGAACAUUGGCGUGCUGGGGGGGAGCCCUGGGAGACCACAUGAUGCAGUUGAGGAAGGCAGCACUUCAGGUGUGUCCACCAUCAACUCUACUAAGUCGGCCAAGUUACUCCAUGACUUCCACCACUCAAAGCAGUGCCACCAGCUGCAGGAGAAGUUCCAAGCAGCCAGGGCGGAGAAUCUCAGGUUGCUAGAAGAGCUCUCUCUGGCAGAGAAACGGUAUGGGGACCUGCUGAAGAUGUACCUGUCUGACCGGCGUGAACAGAGCCGCCUCCUGGCUGAGCAGUUGGGUGUGCCCCUACCACCUGUUCUUAAGCCAGAGGAGAGCAAAGCGGAGGGUGACAAUGUGGCUGAAAGCACAGAGAAUAUCGGCAGUGCAGAGAAUACUUGUAGUAAGAGACGCUGUGUUGAAGUCCGAGGAGAAGAGUUAGAAUCGCCUGCUGGUACCAUGGGGUCGCAAUCAAGUGCUGAGACAGUGACUGGAGAGAGUAUUCCUGAGGAUGCUGCCUCCCCAUCACUUGCCCACAAUCCUCAUGAACCCCCCAUGAUCCACGUGUCCUCUCGCAACAUCGAUAUGGAGUUGGUUGCUUGGCUUCAGGCACUGUCAAUUGAUCGUGAUGUUAUUGAUAAGUUUCUAGCUGAGGACUAUACCAAAGAUGAUGUUCUUCUCUGGAUGACUAGAGAUGACCUCAGGAGAAUGCAGAUGAGAGGGGGAGUGGAAUUGCGCAUCUGGCGUAAUGUCGUGCAGUACCGCCAUUCUCAGGGCCUACCAGUCAAUCCUGAAGAGCCCUCUGCAUCUUGCAACACCCCCAAAUCAAGCUCUUCUGACUCGCAUCCCCGUUCAACCAAAUUAUGAAAGAGGGUUGUGUGCCUGUGCUGGUGGUGAAGCAGUCACAGGUUCUUGUGGGAAAAUUAAAGAAGGAUUUUUAUGGGAGGCAAAUUAGCACCUCCUAAUUUUUUUUUAUUAUUAUUUUUUUUUUUUGGGGGGGGGGGCUUUUUUUGGAUUGAAAGAAAAUAUAAUAUUCAGAUUUAGCAUUGUUAAUAAUGAUAUAUAAAAACAAACAAAAAAAUUAAGGUAAACUUUUAAUGAGCUUCUGCGACAGUGCAUUUAGUAAACUUCUAGAGCACACAAUACAAGGAGAAGGAGUCGCCAGGGGAUGUAUAAUGCAUUACGUAUGAUUAAUUGCACUAAUUGCCUAGCCUUCAACCUCUAGCAUUGGGUCAGAGGGUCACAUGGAGUCAGAUAUAAUUUGCUUCAUAUGGUGCUAACAGUACAUAGUGUUUAUGGCAGUUUCAACAACUGUGUGUGAGUUUGUGUGUGCAAGAACUUGAACAUGUAUGUGCUUUCUCUUUGUGUGUGUGUUUUGUUUUCUUUUGCUUGCUUAUAAUAUUUGGUGCUUGAUAUGCCUUACAGAGUUAUGGCAUUGGUUAUGUGUUGAUUUUUGAAUGUCAUCAUAUGUGUAAGUUUUGCAGGAUAGAAGAAAGUCUACAGAGAAAAUUAACUAAAAAUUUACUUUUUUAAGGGGAUAAGGAGGAAGGAUGUAGCUUCCAUUUGAUAAAUUGAACAAAUCUCAUAUAUAAUGAAAUCCUACUGGAUAACCUUUCCAUUAUUCUGAUAAUAAGUCAAGAGAACAUUGCAUGUUCUUGAGUUUUUCAUUUGCUGUUUUAUGUGAAGGUUGUUAAAAUAAAAGCCUUAAAUUAAAUGAUAAGCACAUUUUGUAUGUGGAUUGGGUAUAGGAGAUAAAAGCAGUUUAUCUCGCUUAUCAAAUUAUAGAUGUGAAAUUUUAGUUCUUUGCAAAUGAAGAUUUAUAUUUUGAUGUUUUGUUUUGAUAUAUAUAUAGAUAUAUAUUGUAUAUAGGACAGAGAGAGAAACAAAAGAAAGAUGGAUAUAUAGAUAUAUAUAUUAUUAUGCAGAUGUAAUUAUGCAAUAUUAGAUUAGAUCUGGCUCCAUAUGAACACAGUAAUGGCCACUAAUCUACAAUAGUAUUUUUAUAAUAUAGUAACUAGUAAUUGAUAGAUACUGUGUUUGCCCUCUCUUGGGGUCAUCAUCAGGUGGAGAAAAAAAACGUUGAUAAAACAUUUCGACCAUAACACCAAGCCCCUUCAGUGAUAUGUGAUGAUCUGACUUGGAGACAGUCAUGCUUUAGGGUUACAAUUUUAUCCCUAAGGUUUAUGUCUAUCCCAGAAAUAAAGAUGGUGAAAAAGAGAAGCAUAUCAGAUCGUACUGGGUUUCUUCCUUUUAGGUUACAUUUAAAGUAAUUGGUAAAGAACAUCUUAUUUGCUUUUCCAAACCAACACUGCCAAGAUUCUUCCUUAAUUAGAUACACAGAGGUUAGCUGUGGAAACUCAGUUCCUUUGAGACAGUCUGUCUGAUAGCUAGGUAUAUUUGUACUUGUUGAUAAUGGAUGCAUUCAUGUUGUUGGUUCUAUUGUACUGGGAAAGUAGAUGAAGUGUCUAAGGGGUUGUCUUUAAUAUUUUUCUGUUGUACAAAAAAAAAGAAGGAAGGUUUUCCAUUGUGUGUAUCCUAAAGUGACUAACACUGUAACAAAAAAUCUUAGUAUGUAUUAUUGUUUUACUUUGGAAAUUUUUGAAAAAGUGAAGGGCAGUUUUUAUGCAAAGAAGUUAAAAUUGUGUGUGUGUAGUUGUAGUUCUUUAGAUUGCCAUUCUUUGCUUUCUAGCAAAAAGCUUGUACAUAGACAUUAUUCUCAUGAGUUGUCUUGUGGUACAUUUGAUAUUUUCUUAUGGCAGUUUCUUGGGACUAGACUAAUUCCCAGGCUCACUUCUCACCAAGGGAAGUGAGUACCAAUGAAGAUUUGUAUGUGGCAACCUUGCCUGCUCCUUUCAUUGGUGUCCUCCCUCUACUGCUGUGAUUAUUGGACAGUAUUGACUCCUCAAUACUUCACAGUUCCUGACAAUAUGUGCUUUAUUAGUCAUUGCCUUUUAUUUUAUGUAAGGUGAGGAGGGAAUAGGUCAUCAUGUUUUUUUUAGUCCCAUUUUGACACUAGUAUGGCUCCUGCUUAGUUAGUGAAUUGUUAGUAUUUUUCUCAGCAUCAUAUGCAAAGUUUUAUCUGUGAAUUCUCAUUUAACUUGAUAUUAAAUAUUCUUUUAGAUCUUAAAGCACUUCUAUCUAAAAUAUUUAUGUAGCUGUCGUAAUAGAGUUGCAAACCUUGAUAUGUAUAUUUUCAGAUAUGCAGUAGUACAAAUAAAUAGAGGCAGAUGUUAUAUUUGAUUUUUUUUCUUUCUUUAUGUCUUUCUUUUUCUUUUGUAUAGGAAGAUGAUUAUAUGUGGAUUGUAGGUAAAGAAGAUGUAGCUUUGCAGUCUUCCAGACUCACCACACUAAAUGAUAUCUAUUUUAUAGGCACUGAUGUUCAUUUUGUUCUCACUACUCUACUCUUUGAAAAGCUUUCAUGUAUAUUAGGCUGUUUCCUUUUUUAUGAUAGGUAUGUUAUGGCACAUUAUAUGUAUUCACACCUUGGCUUUCAGAAUGAGGUUUUUAUUCAUUUUCAACAUAGAACUGCCCAGGUAUGUAACAGCUAUUUCCAUUUCUUCUUGAGGAUAAGUAGUCAUGCCUGUUGAUAGUUUCAUGUGCCAUAUAAUCAGAAUAUAGGUAUUGACUGUAGAUAAUACAUUUUAUGACUAUGAGUUUGUGUAUUUUAUAUUUAGUGCUCAAUACUAUCUUGCCAAUGACUCUCUAGGUGCGACUACAUUGCCUUAUGGUUGCACCCUAUCUGCAAUUAACUGUAUUUUCAUUUAUUUUAAUAGUUAAGCCUUCAUGUUACUAGGCUGAAGCCAGUCCCUGUCUGGGUUGCAAGGUCAUUUAUGUAGCCUUAUUGCAGUUAUGCUAGAUUAUUAUUGGAGAAAGUGUGAUGAAAUAUAUGGAAAUUAUUUAGAUCAUAGGUACAAUGAAAAACACAAUACCGUGUACUUUAAAGAACAACAAAAAAUGUAAAUGUUAUCAGUAUUUAGAUAUUCAAAUUUUGUUUCUUGUUCAUAAUUUACAAUCAAAUAUUUUUAACCAUUACUGUACAUCUAUUCUUGCCAUAACGAGCUGAAGCCAAAUGCAGAUUUGCAAAGAUACACACUAUGUGAAGUCGGUCAACUCCAAGUUAUUUGCCCUGAACAGUUGUACACUUUGGCUCAGAGUGUGACAGUUUAGGAGCUGCAGCCAAGCGCACAGGUAUAUAUGUGCUCCCCAAGCUUCUAAUUUUUAGCUGAAUGCGUGUGUUGCCCAGCACAUAGCUUGGUUUGGCAAGCAGAAAUCCCACUACUGUUGAGUUGGAUAAAGUACAUGUGAACCACUUGCUUCCAACACAAAAAAGGUUUUAUACAUGUUCAGUUGGUGAGAUGAAUUUAUGCUCUAAUUUUGAAGCAGCAAAUGAGGUAAAUAAUUUUUAAUGUUUUUACUCUUGGUAAAUCAAAUUUAACCCAUUCAUGCUGGGUACAAUGAUAAGCCACAGACACUGGGUGACAUAUAAUGAUGUGAACCUGUUUCCUGGUGGCCAGGAUGGCAGCUUAUGAGCCGGACAACAAUAGCUCAGGUGUGGAGCAGUGUGUUGCAAAUAUACUCAGGCCUUGCCAAACAUUACCCAAAAUUUUACCAAGUUGUGAAUGGGUUAAGUUUGGUAAUUUUACAUUCAGAUGCACAUUGAUUAUAGUGAGGUCAUGAGAUUAAGGAUUGAACUGGCAUGAUAUCAAUGUUCUGUGUGUGUAUAUAUAGUGACUUACCUCAAAAAUAUAUAUUUUAAAAUUAAUGCUGUUGAGUUGAGGAAAGAGUGUAAAUCGAAGAUAUUUAUUUGUGUAAUAAAGAGAUUCAGAUGUGAUACUCCUGAACUGCAAUUAUACAGACUGUAAACAGAAAAUAUUCAAUUUCUUUGUAGUUUUUGGAGUGCUGGUUGAAUUCAUGUUUUACAGUGUAUAUUGAGACUCAACCAUAACACUACAGAGUGAAUCUUGUCACAGAUCAGGUUGAUUACUGGUGUUAAUCCACUUGUUGCAAUAACUGAAGAAGAAUUUAGAGGCUUUAUAGAAUAGAAUUCAAUACUCUGGGUUCAAUUUUCUAGCAUGGUAAUCUUCUGUGAAGAAUGUUUAUUUAGUAUGAAUUUUAUGUACAAAGGUAUAUUUCAUUUCUGAUCUUUUUUAUUUAACUUUCAUUUUUCUUUUUGUCAUUACAAAAGACAACUAACGACACAGGUCUUUAGUCUCUAUACGUAUUAUUCCUUCAUUGCUAUUCUUCAGUGUUGAUGAGUCGGCCAAAGUAGAGGUUAUUGGAAGCACGUCUGCAGAGGAAGAUACAUGAAACAUUUAUUGAAAACAUAAAGGGAGCCAUUGCUCAAAUUUGUGAUGAAGCAGUGUAACAGACAUGAAAAAACCAACCACAAGGAGUAUUGUUUUUUUGGAUAAAAAAAAAUUGAAUGGGAAAAGUUUGUCAGUUAUAAAGAAUAUUUUUUAAAAAUUGUGUAUUUUUGGAUGCAUUUUUGUCUUUACCGGGAGUAUUUAGCCACAAUUAUUUUUAGAACCAUAUCUCUCAUGGUACAUUACUCAGAAAUUGUUUUUAUAUCCCACUUUCUAGUUAAUUAAUGAUCCAGAGUUUUUAAUUAUAUUAAGCUGUGGUUGUUUUGUGUUUAAAGUUGUGAGUGAGACAGUUUCAUUUUUAGGAGUGGGCACAUUUAUGUUUGAUUAGUUCCCAAACAAUGAUGCUUAACAAAGUUUUGUGCCAGUUUGUAAGCUCAGAAGUUUUACUUUAGAAGAUCAUGCUUUUGAAGGAUAUGGUGUAAGGAAUCUCAUGUAUUGAGGCUGUAAUAAAAAAAUUGUUUUUCA